UGUUUGAAUUGGUUUUUGCAUUCUUUUGGGAGCUCUAGAGAGCAGAGCAAUGCUCUGAACUGGGUUCCUCUCACAUUCUUUCAAAACAAGCUGGUUAAGAUUUCCUUCCGUUUUCUAGUUCAGAAUGGCCAGUGCAAGAUUAAUCCAAUCGUUAAAUCUUCUAUUAUGUACACUGCUAUUGCUCAAAACAGAAGGCUUUAAAGUAGGAAUUAUUUAUGUCCAUAAUGCAGUAGCAAAAGGAGCUGUUUGUUUGGAUGGAAGUCCGCCAGCUUACCACUGGGAUAAGGGAGUUGGUGCAGGAAUUAACAAUUGGUUGGUUCAUAUGGAGGGAGGUGGAUGGUGCAACAAUGUCACCACUUGCCUUUCUCGCAAGAAAACUCGCUUGGGUUCAUCUAAGCUAAUGGACACGGAGCUUGCUUUCACUGGCAUUUUGAGUAAAAAUCAAAAGUAUAAUCCUGACUUCUACAACUGGAACAAAGUCAAGGUUGGGUACUGUGAUGGGGCAUCGUUUACAGGCGAUGUGGAAGCAGUAAAUCCAGCUACUAAUCUUCACUUCAGAGGAGCAAGGGUUUGGCAUGCUGUCAUGGAGGAUCUAUUAUCAAAAGGAAUGAGAAGUGCUGAAAAUGCUAUUCUCUCUGGUUGUUCGUCUGGUGGAUUGACUUCUAUUUUGCAUUGUGAUAGCUUCCAAGCUCUCCUACCUAGUGGUGCUAAGGUUAAAUGCCUGUCAGAUGCUGGUUACUUUAUUAACUUGAAGGAUGUUUCUGGAGCACAACACAUUGAAGGAUACUAUAGUGAAGUGGUUGCAACACAUAAUUCAGCAAAGAAUUUGCCUCAAUCUUGCACUUCAAAACUAAGUCCGGGGUUGUGUUUCUUUCCCCAAUACGUUGCACCGCAAAUCCGAACACCGAUUUUUUUGGUAAAUGCAGCCUAUGAUUCAUGGCAGAUAAAAAACAUUUUGGCACCAGGUGUUGCUGAUCCCGAUGGCGAAUGGUAUAGCUGCAAACUUGAUAUAAACAACUGCUUGCCUGGUCAAAUCCAAACCAUGCAAGAUUUCAGGCAGCAAUUCUUAAGUGUAGUGAAUAAACUAGGCAACUCUUCAUCUAGAGGAUUAUUCAUAGACUCUUGCUAUGCCCACUGCCAAACCGAAACGCAGGAGACAUGGUUAUGGGCUGAUUCUCCAUUGCUGGGUAAAACAACAAUUGCAAAGGCAGUUGGAGACUGGUUUUAUGAUCGGAGUGUAAUGGAUUGGGCUUUUGUACAUAAAGUUUGGGAUAAGUGGGCUUCUAACAGUGUUGGGUCUUCGGGUGUGCCAUUGAAAGCUGCUUUGCUAAUUAACUAUGACCCAACAGGACCAUCUCGCUUGUUGUCUACCAUUGCAGAACAAGAAGGGAUAAAAACCAACCCCAUUGAAUUGAGCCAGUUUGUGGAUUUCAUCAAGCGUAACAAAUUCCAAACAGAGACCUUCAUUAUUGGGGCAAAUCAGUACGUGGUCACGUCAAUCCAUGAGACUUGGUUUUGUGCAAGGUGCAUGAACACGUCAAAACCUGCUGGUGAAGGAGCUAUUGUGAUGCAAACAACAGCAUUCCUCUUGGUUGCAUUGUAUGAUGGUUCGAUCGGCUCGGCAUCUCGUGCUAUGGUGGCUGUUGAUCAGUUUGCUUGGCAAUUAGGUCGAAAAAAUCUUUAACCUUGGUUCCAACAAUAGUUGUUAGAUUUGAAGAGGUCCAUGUAGGGUUUGGGAGAGAGACAAGAGAAAUAGAGAAGAGAAGAGAAGAGAAGAGAGCAGAACAAAUUAAACUCUUACCUGUCUCAUGAUUCUGGAUAUGUAUUUAUAAGGGUUUACAAUAAAAAGACAUAAAUGCCCUUAUUGGGUAAUAAUAAGUCCUAACCACUCCAACUUAGUAAAAGCUUUGUUUUUUGGUUUUGGUUUUUUUUUUUUAUUUGGGCGUAAAAGUU